AUGAAACCCAGAGUGACAGCAACGCUUUGGGAGGACGAGGGCAGCUUGUGCUUUCAGGUCGAGGCCAGAGGUAUCUGUGUAGCGCGUAGAGAAGACAACCACAUGAUCAACGGUACUAAGUUGCUCAACGUUGCGGGCAUGACCCGCGGUAGACGGGAUGGAAUUUUGAAGAGUGAGAAGGUUCGCCAUGUCGUGAAAAUCGGUCCUAUGCACCUGAAGGGUGUCUGGAUCCCUUUUGAGAGAGCUCUGGAUUUCGCCAACAAGGAGAAGAUCACCGAGUUGCUGUACCCCUUGUUUGUGCACAACAUCGGUGCGCUUCUCUACCACCCAACCAACCAGAACCGGACCACCCAGGUCAUGCAGGCUGCAGAGCGCCGCAAGCAGGAGCAGCAGACGCAAAUGCGCAACGCGCAGCCGCCGGCACCACUUCCGUCCCUGCAGCAACAAACUCACCAUCACUCAAUGGGCCUUCCGCAACCUCCUCUCUCAUCCCACGGCCGGCCCUCCCUCGACCGUGCGCAUACCUUCCCCACCCCUCCCACGAGUGCCUCCAGUGUGAUGGGAAGCAUGGGAGGAGAAAACUACCAAUGGCCGCAACAACAGGGGAUGAAUGGUUCUCAAGGUACUCAUCCCAUGUCCAUCGAUACUAGCCUUAGCAACACUCGCUCAAUGCCUGCAACUCCAGCCACCACCCCUCCUGGAAGCAGCAUACAGAGCAUGUCUUCCUACCCUCCCGCGACCCAGCCGUAUGACAACUCCCGGCAGUACAACGCGCCACCACUGCAGUCGCCCUACCAGCCCGCAAAUACCAGCCCACAGGAUCGCUCCAUGUACGCGCAGAGCAAUUACGUCAAGAGCGAGAUGGGCCCACCCUCAAGUCGUCCUUCGAUAUCAGGUCUCCCUGGCGACCAGGACAACAAGCCUGCCAAUGGCUACUCGAGCCAAGGCAGUGAGCAUGUCACCCAACAAGGCCCCGAUGACGAGGCGGAUCAUGAGCAUGAGGCCGAGUAUACUCAUGACCGGAGUACAUACGACAAUGGGAACAGCCAGUACAACUACAGCGCCCCACCUCUUGCCCCCAUCCAGUCUGAUCACCCGCAUCUUUCACCCGAGAUGGCCGGGUCUGCAGGCCAUCAGGCAGCAUCGGGCCGGUCAACGCCGCGCAGCGCUGCCCCGCCUCAAGCGUAUUACCCGCAACAGGGGUACAACACCUCACCCCGGACCUCAACGCAGUCCGGCAUGUACAACGUCGUGAGCAAUGACCGGGGCCCAACAAAUGGCGACUAUGCAUCGCACGCCGACAUGAACAGCUCGAUGCAGAACGGUUACGCGCCUGCGCCCAUGAACGGCGCAUCGGGCGGGAUGAAGCGCGGCCGGGACGACGACGAGGAGCAGAGGCCCUUGAGCGGCGGCCCCGGUAUGGACAUGAAGCGACGGAAGACGCUGGCACUGGACACGGCGCCAGCGCAGGGGGUAUACCAGCCGGCACCCGCAGUUGCCGCUCCUACACGGCGGCGAUAG